AUGCCAGGAUUCUCGUCAAACUAUCUACCAUUUCGAGCCCAGCAUAUCAUUCUACGAUGUAUACAGCGGCACCUCGAAACCCGAUUCUUCCAGUUCAUCGUCCGAUGGCUACCGUCGGAGUCAAUUAAAGUUGGAUGGAAAUGUGCCGAGUCAGUGGAGCUGCACAGGGUUUUCAACUUCCUAGCAAAAUACCAGGGCAACAUUCAAGACAGUCGUUUCAACCUGGCAUGGAAAGCAAUUCAGCGGUGGCGCUGCGUUAUUACAAACAUUCGUCAUGCCGCAGUUCACAGGAUCGAGCAGGGACGAGAUACUCUGCUGCGAAUGAAUCAUAUUGCGAUCAAGCUAGUCAGAUGCAUUGCUGGGUUUGAAAUGUCGCACAGUCUCCGUGGUCUUCAGAAAGUUCUACACAAAAAAAUCUCAAGUUUGGACCAGUUGAACUCUCAGCUGUGGAGAAAUCUCGACCGGCAAUUAUUGCUAUGCGAUACCUGUCCAAAGGACCACGAAAAACGCUUGAAAUUGUUGCCCGAGGCUGCAAACAGGCUCCAGCAAUCUCAUGAAGACAAAUUCCUCGCUGAAGUCAGUAAUUACAUAGGCACCGAGUUUGACUCCUCAUAA